UCGGCCUUUCUUCCGCUAGAUCCACCAGAUUAUAUCGCGCACCAUUUUGGCGACACUCCUCGUAAUCCGGUUAUUCCUGUACAAAAUCAGCUUUCGCAAGCGUCAAGAUGCUUGCCACUGUCCGCAAACAGCUAAGGAGCCAUCCAGCUCUGAUCCCCUUGUUCUUCUUCAUCGGUGGAGGAGCAGCCAUGUCCAUGAUGUACCUUGCUCGUCUGGCCUUGAGAAACCCCGAUGUCUGCUGGGAUCGUAAGAACAACCCAGAGCCCUGGAACAAGCUGGGCCCAACUGAUCAGUACAAGUUUUACUCAGUAAACUUGGACUACAGCAAGCUGAAGAAGCAGGGUCCUGAUUUCUAAAGAUGACAUCUGCUGGACCAAAAGCACAAAGACGAGCUGAUCCGCACAGCCCCAUUUUGAACUUCCUUUGGGAACCUGAGGGAUGCAGAGGCUAAACCCGCACAAUAAUUCAUAUUUAAGUUUCCUCAUUGCAUCCUGUUGGCUGUUUGAAACAUUGUUUCUUAUUUCUCAUUUUCAAUGUUCAUCAAUAAAGUGAAGGAGUCUUUUCUCCUCCAUACAGAAAAAAACAUCA